AUGGGUGACGACAUCUCCAACCCGAGGGUUGUGGCCUUCAACAGCGAGAAGCCCACGACCGAGACCAUGGACAAUGUUCCUGCCACCACUGGCAGUGCCCAGGUCCGCGAUCCGGAAUGGCGCGCUCGCACCGAGAAGAGGCUGAAGCUCAAGCUGGAUGCGCGCUGCUCGCUCUUCAUCGUCAUCUACAUCAUGAACUACCUGGACCGCAACAACAUGGCCGCCGCCCGACUCAAGGGUCUACAGGCUGACCUGGACCUCUCAAACCAGCAAUACGCCACCUGUCUCAGUAUUCUCUACGUCGGAUACAUUCUCAUGCAGGUUCCCUCCAACAUGAUCAUCCACCGCAUCCAGCGCCCCUCGCUCUACAUCGCGGCCGUCAUGCUCCUCUGGGGAAUGGUCUCGACCUUGUCGGGUAACGCCCACAACUUCGCAGGAAUGGUCGCCAUCCGUUUCUUCCUUGGUUUCAUAGAGGCUGCCUUCCUGCCCGGCGCCCUGCUGAUCCAGUCCAAGUGGUACACGCGCCGUGAGCUCACCAUGCGCAACGCCCUCCUCUUCUGCGGAAACCUCAUUUCCAACGCCUUCUCGGCCCUAAUCGGAGCCGGUGUCCUCUCCAACAUGCAGGGCGUUCUCGGUCACGCUGCCUGGCGCUGGCUGUUCUGGAUUGAGGGUGCCAUUACCAUGUUCAUCGCCAUACUGGCUGUCUUCAUCCUCCCCGACCUUCCCACCAACAGCCGUGGCUUCACCGCCGACGAGCUCGAGGUAGCCCAGCUUCGCAUGACCGAGGACGUCGGUGAAGCCGAUGUCGACGCCGAGGGCCAGUCGGCCUUUGCCGGUCUCUUCAUGGCUGUCAGGGACCCCAAGAUCUACGUCAUGAUGCUCACCUUUACCGCCUAUGUCGUUGGCUUGUCUUUCAACGCCUUCUUCCCGACGCUUACUGGAACCCUGGGAUUCAGCUAUGUUCCCACCCUGCUCAUGAGCGCCCCGCCGUGGGUGUUUUCGUGCAUGAUGUCGCUCGCGGUGUCCUGGAGCUCCGAUCGUCGGCAGGAAAAGUUCUGGCACAUUGUCGGGCCCAUUCUAUUUGGUCUUGCGGGCUUCAUCAUCAGCAUGUCGACACUGAACGUGGCCGCCCGCUACGUGGCCCUGUUCAUGCAAGCUGGCUCUUAUGCUGGCUUCGUCGUCUUCUACUCGUGGAUCAGUUCGUCGUUCCCCCGCCCUCCGGCUAAGCGUGCGGUGGCCAUUGCCAUGAUCAACGCCUUUAGCCAGACGGGUAAUGUGGCUGGCUCGUAUGUUUGGGAUCUGGACGAGAAUGGCUUCCGCAAGAGUUACGGUAUCGUGACGGCCAUGUUUGGCGUGACGAUUGCCGGCGCCUUCAUCUUCCGUGGCAUGUUGACUCGCCUGAACGACCAGCUCGCGCAGCAGGACAACCAGCCUGAUGACAUUCGGCCUGAAGACCAGCCGGACGAGUCGCUGAGGAUGCAGAAGGGCUUCCGCUACCUCACAUAA